UUGAGUCUCGUUCUAAGCACUUCUGUUAUAAUAAUUAAGUAUACACGUAUCUUAACAUAAAAGUUAACAAGUUAUUGUUACAAACAGUCUAUUUCAGAAUGGUAGGAAUAUUUGAAAUAUUCUGCAGUAUAGUUGUGAUUAUUCUUUUUUGUUAUUACUACUCGACUGCGACAUUUGAUUUUUGGAAAGUUAGAGGAGUCAAAGGACCAAAACCCAUUCCUCUGUUUGGCAAUGUCAAGAAUCUGAUAUUAAAACAAAUAUCUUCAGCAAGAUACUUGAUUGAAAUUUGCAAUUUGUACAAAAACGAACCGUAUAUUGGUGUCUUCUAUAAAAGAACACCGAUACUCAUCUUAAAAGAUCCUCCAUUAAUAAAAGAUGUCCUGACCACGGACUUUUCUAGUUUUCCUCAACGAGGCGCUCCAAUGGCUGAAAAAGUAGAACCAUUGUCUCAACAUCUCGUUUUACUCGAAGCAGAAAGAUGGAGACCAUUAAGGAACAAACUAUCAGCUUCGUUUUCGUCCGGUAAAUUAAAAAAUAUGUUCCAUUUGAUAAGAGAAUGUUCAGAUAAUUUGGAAAAAUAUUUAAACAAAAUACCUGAAAACUCUGACGUCAAUGUUUACGACAUAACAGCUAAAUUCACCCUCGACGUGGUCGGUAAUUGCAUAUUUGGAAUCAAAAUGAACGCUCUCACUGAUGAGCAUUCUGAAUUUCGUAAAAUUAGUAGAGAAAUAUUUAAGGAUAGUUUGAAAAGUCUCGUUAAAUUUCGAUUAAGAGAAGCUUUUCCGACAUUUUACAACAAACUCGCUUUAUUGAUGCACGACACUCGUACAACUUCUUUCUUCGUUAAUCUCGUUGAACAAACGAUUCAGCAUAGAAUCAAAAAUAACAUCGUCAAGAAUGAUUUUAUAAACAUAUUGAAAGAAUUGAAAGAAAAUCCGAAAAAGUUUGGCAUCGAAUUCGAACUCACUGAGACACUAUGUGCAGCACAAGCGUACGUAUUUUUCGGAGCUGGUUUCGAAACAUCCUCUCUAACGAUUAGCCAUGCGCUUUAUGAAUUAGCACAACACCAUGAUAUACAAGACAAACUUCGUGAAGAAAUUAAAGAAGAAUUUGAGAGAAAUGACGGUACCAUAACAUUCGAAUCAGUCAAAACGAUGAAAUAUUUGAAUGCAGUUUAUCAAGAAACACUUAGAAAGUAUCCAACAGGAAUGAUCUUAUACAGGGAAUGUACGGCUCCAUCUUACAUGUUUAAAAGUACUGGACUAACUGUACCCAAGUAUCAAAAAAUUAUUAUACCCAUAAUUGCGUUACAUCACAAUCCAGAAAUUUAUCCGAAUCCAGAUGUUUUCGAUCCUGAACGAUUUUUGAUAGAAGAUAAUUUAAUCAACGAAACAACGUAUUUACCUUUUGGUAGAGGACCACGAAACUGUAUUGGUGCAAGAUUAGCAGUAAUUCAAACGAAAAUUGGACUGGCGACAUUUUUACAUAAUCACAAAGUCGAUUUAUGCAAAAAGACUGACAUUCCAUAUUCGUUCGGACAAUCGAUGUUUCUGUUUCAACCGAAAAACGGUGUAUAUUUAAAAAUUGGUCAAGUUUAUGAAAAUUAA